AUGUCAACGUUGCUAUGUCCUUGAAAAACGAAAUAUAUGUAAAAAAAUAAAUGACAUGCUGACAAAAGUUAGCCGAAUUUUUUUGUCACUGGUCAGGAAUGUUUGAAUAAUUUUGACAUCGGUAUUGAAUAUUUUAUGUCCUGUUCUCAGCAUGUAUAUCUUUGUAAGUUUGGUUGUGAAACAAAGUGCUAUAUCAAACCCUGCAUUUAGCAUGCAAUUGUGUACAGGUUUCACAUCCGGGUGAGUAGUGAAGUGGAACGCUUGGGAUUGGUUGCAGUCUUUAGUCGUGUCUGUCGCGGAAUUGACUCAUUAGCUACACCCCACACCGCUACCCCCACGGUGACUCAGUUUAUGGUACGACAAUAAACCACUGUGACAUGCUUUAACUACCUGUCAGGAAAACCACUAUCGCUCCGUAACUCCUAUAGCACGGGUCUCUGAUCUAGCUGUUGAUUUUGCGCUGUGCCGUGUUCGUAUCCAUCGCCUAAAGGAAUCAAAACAAUGCAGAGAUUAGUCGGUCUUGUUUGCUCUGUUGUGUGCUUAUGUAUACACACAGUGCAAGGGCACCCAUCUGGAGCCACAGCGACAGCGUGCGUUUCAAUGGCACCUCCACAUAGCGGUACAUCAUCGGAAGUCACUCCACCGCCAUUCGAAGUCGCAGCUUCGAGUAGUUCUUACCUCCCUAAUAACACUUUAAUUGUGGUCCUGUCAGCUCCAUGUGGAACAGAAACGUUUGCGGGCUUUCUUCUGGAAGCCAGACGAGCAGACGCUGGUCUAAACAGAGAUGAGCCUUUGGGAACAUUUGAGAAUGUACCUGAGUCACAUUAUGUAGAGUUCUGUGGGAAUGGCCGACAGGCAGUUACACAUAAAAACGAUCAUCCCAAAUCACAGUUGACGUUCCAGUGGACAGCCCCGGCACAAACUGUCGGCCAUAUUGUCUUCGUGGCAACGUUUGCCAAAAGCAAGAGCUCGUACUGGGUAAAAGUCUACUCUGAGGUUGUCCGUGAUCAGGCGAAUAGCUCUGAGCCUAACCCGGGGGGUGAGACAUACCCCACCCCGUCCACCUGCGACAUUUCACCAACCCAGCCUCCCGCACCACAACUGACCCCGGACAAGGGCUGCGGCACCACCAAAUACUGCUUCAGCGACUGCCAGGACUCUUCGUGUGGAUUCCUGGUCUCGUGGAGGAAUUCUACCGAACACGAGAACGGCGUCGAGUUUGAGAUCGCCGCUCCCACAGGAAGGUCCACUAACACGUGGAUAGCUAUUGGAUUUUCUGAGGACAAUAAAAUGGGUGAUGACAAAGUUGUGGAAUGUGUUAGCUUUAGGAACGAUAUUAACGUGUACACGUCCUACAAUACGAUAGAUCCCCGAUUGGACAACGUCAGGAAUGAAAGCCCUCAUCCAGAUGACGGUGUUCAUCAGGGCAACUCAUCCCUAGUGGACGGGAUUAUGAAAUGCAGUUUUGUAGUUGUCACCCAAGAUUUCUCCUACUUUAAUUUAGACGAGCCGUUUUAUUUACUUUUCGCCAGUGGAAACACAGCAACUUUUAAGAAUAACAAAAUAGUACACAAGAUCGAAAAAGGCAAAUUUCCGGUCGUUUCAAAAGACAAGAUUGACUUUGUUGGAGCAUACAGAAAGCCGUUACCCGGCUCUGGUUCAUCUUUGGUAAUGGCUGAAUUUAUGGGUCUACACAAUUAUAUUCCACGUAACCGAUACGAGAACAAUCGUUUCGUUUGCGCCAAACUUUGUGGCCUCAAUUGUAAUUUUCAGUAA